UAUAUGGCUGUACAGGAGGCACUGUUACACUGUUUAUCUUUGGAUGGAUAACACUGUGUAUAGGAGAAUAUUCAUUAAUUGUAAACACACCUACAGAGACUGCAGCUUUCCAAACCCAGGACACUUAUGAAAUCACUCCUCUCAUGAGACCUCUUUAUAUUUUUUUCUUUGUUUCUGUGGACCUUGCACACAGGUAAAAAAAGAACCUACCAAAUACUUCAUAACUGUCUUUGUUUGUAAGCGUAUCUGGUAAGAACUCUUCUUAGUGUUUUUAAAACGAAUUUGUGGAUUAAAAAUCGUGAUGACCAAGUCAUUGGAUAAUAGGUUAUUUUGAUGAUUCAUCUUUUAGGACCAAUCUCUGAUAUAUUCAUACUUAAAGCAAUAGUUAAAUCUUAUUGAAGAGUAAAAAUAAUUGCCCUUUUUAAGAUAAAUGAGCCAGGCCAGGGAUUUAGCUCAGUGGUUUAGCUGCCUGCUUUGCAAGCGCAAGGACUCAAGUUCAAUUCCUGGUACCAAAAAAAAAAAAAAAAGAUAAAUGAGCAAUUUUUCAAUCCUGUACAUCACUUUAAAUAAAGAGCUUUGAAAAUCUUUAAGAUAACCUGGCUAAACCUGUGAAAAGAAAUAGAACUUUCUUUCCUGGAUAGAUGGAAAUAAUUUAAAAUGUAUAUGUUACAUACAGAUUGAGUGAAUUAAGAUGAAUAAAAAAUUACUUCUGAUAUUUUUAUGGUAACAGAAUAUUGAUUUUUAAAGUAGUUAUAGAAGAAAAAAUAGAAAAUCUUUCAAAAGAUACUUAACACAAUUAUCCAAACUGUUGCAUAACAAAUUUUUUGUGCUUUUCUAAAUCUGACUUUUCUUUUUCUGUUUCUGUAGAUUGCAGCUUUCUGUUACCCAGGUUAGUGUCCAGGUAGAAAUGUACAGGCAUGUUAUGAACUGAAUGUUUGUGCUUCUUUGACCCCACUGCCAAAUUCUUCUGCUGAACCCCUAAACUCCAUGUGAUGUUACUUGGAGAUGAACCUUUUGGGAGAUAAUUUGGUCUUGAAGGUGGGGCUGUAGUCUGUUGGGAUUCAUAUGCCCUUAUAAGAGAAACAAGAGAAUGUGAUCUCUCUUUAUCCACCAUGUGAAGACACAGCAAGAAGGCAGCCACCUGUAACCUCAGAAGAGGGCCCUCACCAAAACCUGACCAUACUGGCAGUCUGACUAUGAACUUUCAGCCUCCAGAAGUGUGAGAAAAUAAGUCACCCAGUUUUGGUGUUUUGUUAUGUCAGCCCAAGCUAAGAUUUUAGUACAGAGAGAUUGGACACUGCAACAGAUGCCUAAAAAUGUGGAAGUGGCUUUGUGACUAGGUAAUGGGUAGAGUGAAAGAGUUUGGGCAUACAUGCUAGAAAUAGAGAAGGUACAACUAAUUCUGAUAACAUCUCAGAUGGAACUGAGGAACAUAUUAUUAACUACUGGAAGAAAGGUAACUUCUGUUAUAAAGUGGUAAAGAACUUGGCUAAACUGUGUUCUAAUGUUUUGUAGCAGACAGAACUUAAGGUGAUAAAUUUGGAUAUUUAAGGAAAUUUUGAAGCAAAAUGUUGAUGAAACACCUUGAUUCCUAAAUGCAAAAGGGAGAGAUGAAGAAGAAAUUGUAAAAAAAAAAAAAAAAAGCAACUGGAACUUGAAAAUUUGUAAAAUUCCCAACCUAUCCAUUUUGUAAAACAAACAUAAGAAAGAAUAUUCUGAUGAGAACACCCAGAGUGUUGCUGGGCUAUUGCUUAAUAAAGUGCUUAAGGGAUUAUGUGAGUGGAAACACUGCCCCUUUGAAAUGAAAAUGUUGGAGAUGUGAUAAAAAGGAGGACUGUUGAACUUCUUGGAUUUGACAGGACAGGAUGAUAGAUUUGGAGGCAAAUCUUCAAGAUAAAGAAAAAUGAUGCCCAAGGUGAGAUGAGAGGUCAUCUGGGCCACCACCUCAGUUUCAGUAGGUCUCCUGACCUCCACCUUAAGCUUCAGAGGCAAGACCACUUCCCAGAGCUGUGGGGGUGACUCGAGCUGUAGAGGUAGCAGUGCCACUCCAAGAUCCUAGAGGACAGAGUACACAAGCAAAAGGCAUUAUUCCUCAGCCUUAAGAUCAAAUGCAAUUUUUUUUUUUUGCUAGGUUUUGGACUUCUUGGACCCAUUGCUCUCUUUUUUUCCUUUUAUAGAGGAUGUUUCUCCUGUUCCUGCACCGUAACUGUACUAUAUUUUGGAAGUACAAUACAGUAUUUACCUAGUUUCACAGGUUCACAGCUGGAGAGGAUUUUGCCUCAGGAUGGACUGUGAGUCUCACUCCUAUCUGACUGAGGUGAUAGAUGACUGUAGAGUUAAUGCUAGAAUCUGUGAAGAACCUUGGAGUUUGGGGCAGGGCAGUGACAAAAUGCCAUAGACUGAAUUGUAUCCUCCCGGAUUCUACUGUGGAAGGCACAAAGAAAGGACCUUUGAGAGGUGAUUAGGUCAUGAAAGUGGGAUCCUGGUGUGAUGGCAUUAGUUCCCUUAUAAGAAAAGACCCAUGAUAGCUUGAUCUCUCUCUGCCAUGUGAAAACUCAGCAACAAGGCAGCCAUGUGUAAACUAAGAAGAGGGCCCUCACCAGACACUGACCAUGCUGGCACCCUCAUCUUGUACUUCCAGCCUCCAGAAUUGCUUAUCAAAAAUACACCAGCUCUCCAGCAUAUGAAUCAGAUUUUGCACAUCUUGUUUAUAUUUUUACCCUUCCUGUGGGCAUUUGGGACUCUGCCCCCACCUGAUGCUCUUUUCUUAUGGGCAAUGGAGCAGGUUUUAGAGUUUGGCCUUGGAGGCUCAUCUAUGUCAACACACCUACGGUUGUUAGUAAUGUUCAUCAUUUCCACUGGAACAGCUGUAACAUCAUAUUUUAUUCCAAGCACUGUUGGUGUGGUUCUUUUCAUGACUGGACUUGGGUUCUUACUGAGUCUUAACCUAAGUGAUCCAAAUUUUGUCUUCAAACACAGCAUGACCAGAAACAGAGUAGAAACCAAAGCUCAGACUUCACCCAGGGCUUUGGAAAGGCAGUUUCUGUGGAAAGAGUUCCUCUUGCAUGUCAUUGUGUUAGUCUUGGCUCUCUUAGAAGCUAGUCUGCUGCAUCACUUCGCAGGAUUCUCACAAAUUUCUAAAAGCAGUUCCCAGGCUGUAGUUGGCUACAUUUUGAUGCUAUUACUUAUAAUACUGUGGAUACUUAGAGAAAUUCAAAGUGUCUUUAUCUUGGGAAUUUUCCGAAACCCUUUCUAUCCAAAGGAUGUGCUAACUGUGACUGUAUUCCUAGGGAAGCAAGCAAAGCUUCUGAGGGCUGGUAUUGUCAGACGGAUUUUGCUAACUCUAGUGUCACCUUUUGCUAUGAUAGCAUUUCUUUCAUUGGAUAAUUCCUUACAGAGGCUCCACUCUGUGUCUGUCUCCAUUGGAUUCACAAGAGCUUUUCGAAUGGUCACUUGUAUACUGCAGGUAUGGCAGAAUACAGAAAAUGCUUUACUGGAGACAGCCAUUGUAUCAGCACUUCAUUUAUUGAUCUCCAGUAAAGACUUAUGGUGGAACAGGAACCUAAAUACAGGAAUGAGACUCUUACUGGUUGGUAUCAUACGUGAUCGUCUGAUUCAGUUCAUCUCUAAAUUGCAAUUUGCUAUAACUGUGCUUUUGGCAUCAUGGAAGGAGAAAAAACAACAUCGAACAACAACUACCACUUUAUGCAUACUCAAUGUUAUCUUCUUUCCAUUUGUGUUGGUCAUCAUAGUUUUUUCUACACUGCUGUCCUCUCCCUUACUCCCCCUCUUCACCCUUCCUGUAUUUCUGGUGGGUUUUCCCAGACCUACUCGGAGUUGGCCAGGAGCUGUGGGCACUGCAGCUUGUGUGUGUGAGGACACCAUAUACUAUGACCAGAUGGUCCCCAGGUUGACUGCUGCGCUGCAGACUGCGAUGGCGGGUGGAUGUUUAGGUCUCCUCUUACCUGGAUCUCAUUACUUGGGCCGUUUUCAAGAUCGUUUAAUAUGGAUAAUGAUUCUAGAACGUGGCUAUACAUACUGCUGUAUUAACAUUAAGGGGUUAGAAUUGCAAGAAACAUCCUGUCAUACUGCUGAAGCACGAACAGUUGAUGAAAUUUUUGAAGGUGCUUUUGAACAAGAGUACUCAAAAGUAUGUUCCCUUAAUGAACACUUUGGGAAUGUCUUGACACCCUGUACCAUUUUGCCUGUGAAACUAUAUUCUGAUGCCAGGAAUGUCCUCUCUGGCAUAAUUGACUCUCAUGAAAACUUGAAAAGUUUUAAAGGUGACCUUAUCAAAGUACUUGUGUUCAUCCUCCUUCAGUACUGUUCCAAAAGGCCCAGCAAGCAGAAUUUUCACAAAACUGAAAGUAAAGGGGAAACAUCUUUAAUAGUCCUGCCUCCGUCAUCAUGUCCCAGAUCCCCAGAAGACACACACAGUUUUAAUUCACAGACUUUCAAUGACUGGUCAGAUGAUAUUUUUGAUGAUGAGCCAACUGUCCAAAAAGGGAAAAAUCGGUUGAAUGAUUUACCAGGUACAACUAUUCAUCUUCCAGGCUCAGUAGACUCACAGAAAAUUGAUAAUCUUUCUACAGGCACAAUUUCUGAAAACAGUCUUUACAAAGCAGUUAUGUUGGGAUACCCUGCUAUUGACAAAGGAAAGCAAGGAAGCAUGGCUUAUAUCUCUCUCACUGAGUUCAGUUCUCUGCAUUCUCACUUAGUGAGCUUACCUGAAGAGUGGAGGUCUAGCUGUGUACCCAACUCCAGAAUGAAAGAGAUGAGCUCCCUCUUUCCAGAAGAAUGGUACCAAUUUGUCUUAAGUCAGUUAGAAUGUUUCCACUCAGAAAUGGCCUCAGCUGCACUGGAAGAAAUUUCAAAGGACAAAGUUUUAAAAGACUUUUAUGUUCACACAGUAAUGACUUGUUAUUUUGGUUUAUUGGGAAUAGACAAUAUGGUUCCUACUCCUGGCCAUAUAUUAAGAGUUUAUGGUGGUGUUCUGCCCUGGUCUAGUGCCUUGGAUUGGCUCACAAUAAAACCAGAACUGUUCCAGCUAGCUCUCAAAGCCUUCAGAUAUACUCUGAAACUAAUGGUUGAUAAAGCAAGUUUAGGUCCAACAGAAGAUUUUGAAGCGCUAAACAGCUGUCUCGAAGAAUAUGAAAGUGACUGGUACAUUGGUUUAGUAUCAGAUGAAAAGUGGAAGGAAGCAGUUUUACAAGAAAAGCCUUGCUUGUUCUCUCUGGGCUAUGAUCCUAAUAUGGGAGUUUACACUGGGAGAGUGCUCACCCUUCAGGAAGAACUGAUCCAAGUUGGGAAGUUAAAUACUGAAGCUGUUAGAGGUCAGUGGGCCAAUCUCUCGUGGGAAUUGCUUUAUGCCACAAAUGAUGAUGAGGAACGGUACAGUAUCCAAGCUCAUCCGCUACUUUUAAGAAACCUUACAGUGCAAGCUGCUGAACCUCCCCUGGGAUAUCCAAUUUAUUCUUCAGAACCUCUCCCCGUAUGCCAGUGUUAGAGCCCAUUGUGACUGUGAUAGCAUCAGAAGAGGUGUUACUAGGAAAGAAAUUGUAAUUCAUAAAGCUUCCCUGGGCUUUUUCCUAUCACAAGGAUGGCUGAGCAAAAGCUAACUUCCAUAAAAUUGGUUCUCUUAACUGAAAAUCAAAGUCAACUUCAUGCCUAACAUCAAAGUUGGAAUUAGUUGGCCAAUAUUUGUGCCCUAUGGAUCAUGGUAAGUUUUGAUAGAUACAAUAAAACAUUUGUUAGCAACUUUUCAA